AUGUCGGCGUCUGGGCCACCCAAGAGGAAGCGACGUAAGAUUGAGAGCAGUGUUAAUCCUGAAAAAUCCUCGCGACCAGAAAAGGUACUGGAGGCAUCAAGACUCUGGCCAGAUUCCGGCCCCGAUCAAGAUGCACCCAUUCCAGAAUGGAAGAGGUCCUUCACAGUCCCAGGUAUCUUCGAAGAUGCCGAUUACUCCGGUGCAGGAGAGCAGCUGCCUUUCGUUUUCGAGCAAAUGAAAACAGCGCAAUACGGCAUCGAGCCGGAGGCUCACGCUCCAGACGAAAAGGAUACCCUUCGAGUAGACCCCUGGAUAAAGAGGGCCGAGAAAUACUCUGUAUCGAGCAAACCAGACGACAUCGUAGCUGAAGUUUCAGCUACCGGUUCUAAAGUGAGUCCCGGGUUCAAAGAGGAUCUGCUGGCAGAAUUAGCACCAGACGAACAGUAUGCUUCGACGUUCCUCGCCAAAUUCGCAGCGCUGAGCACAGAGCCUUCAGGAAAUGAAGCGGUGACUCCACGUGCGACUGAGACAGCCCAGUCCCACUCGCAACCCGAAACGGGGUCACCAGUACCGAACAGCCCUCCGACGAACCCCGUUCAUGGUGAUGACGACGAUUACAUGCCCAUGUUGGGUGACGAGCCGACGUCUCCAGGUGAUGGACAGAAGUCUCGGGAUGACUUUCAGAUCUUAGCGCAAGAGACAACGUCGCUCAAAGAUCACCAACGUAUCGUUGAUACACCUGAACCAAAAAGCCCGCAGAAAAGGCGGGCCGGCCGCAGCGAUAAGGUUACCUUCGCUCCCGCCAAAGUUCAGUCCCAACAAAACUCUGAUCAAGAUUCUGAUCAGGUCUUCCUCAAUUCAUUCGUGGAGCCGUCACCCAAGAAGAAGCGUGUCCAGGGCGCGGAACGCAACAAGAAGGGGCCGCGUAUCUCCUCGUUCGACGACUCGCAUGCAUCUGGAAGGACGACGCGGAAGCGGAAACUUACGUCAACCACACUUGACAGUGAUCAAGAAGACCAGACGGAGGCGGGUCAGACAAGAUCCAGUCGCCGUCGCCGUCGCACCAUGCCGGAGCAGAGUAGCUCUCGUCCCGAAGCGUCACGGAAGCAGAAACAUGCGUCAACCACGCUUGACAGUGAUCAAGAAGACCAGACGGAUGCGGAUCAGACGAGAUCCAGUCGCCGUCGCCGUCGCACCACGCCGGAGCAGAGUGGCUCAAGUCCCGAAGCAUCGCCGAAGCCUCAAGCUCGCCCAACGAUGCGAAAGACUCUGGUGCCAGUUGCGGCAUCAACCAAACUUGCCAAGCAGCCUGUUUUGCCUUCGCUAUUCCGGGACCGAAAGAACAAGACGUGGGUAUCUCCAAAGGAAGUUGGAGUGCUCGUGGCAAGGCAUCUUGAGGAAGAAAGCAGAAAGCUGGCUAAAUCUAAUAACAACUGGAGAGAGUUUGCCAGAUUGGUCAAACGAGACGACAGACUACAAGGACAGUAUUGCGUCCAAUGUAACGUCAUCAGUCACGCCAAGGACAAGUGUACCCUAAAGGAUCACGACGAGGCGUGCGCAAAAUGCAUAAAGUCCGGUCGUGCAUGCUCGAAGCUGAUCGAGCUGGAUGGCGUUAUGCACAUAGGGUGGCUUCCCUUGCCAGCAGAGGCAAGGCCCGGUGCGCGUCUGGAAGAAUUGCCAUAUUGGGUCCCACAUCAGGAACUUUAG